CGGAAAUGUUUGUUAAAGAUCGUGAUAAAGAUGUUAACAGUAUAUUUAAAGUCACAUAUUACAUAGAAAUGCAGGCAGCUUAAAUUUACCAAAGUGUGUCACAAUAGUGGAAUUCUCAUUUAACUACUACUCUCGUGUCAGUUUGGGGUGAAAACAUAGCUAUGUGUCAGUCAACACCACAGAAGCAGGAAGCUCAGAUCCUCCACCUCCUUUACAGGAGUUAGGUUAAAGGAGGAAACUGGGAUCGAUCAUAUGAUGAGCAGCCCUGCAGGUUUGCGACAUGGGUCACAGCUGCCAGGACUGGAUGGCAGCUUUACCCGAGCAGCUGUGGGACAUUCCUCUGACACACCUGGCCAUACCUGGAAGCCAUGAUGCCAUGAGCUACUGUCUGGACAUAAACUCUCCCCUGGUGAGGUCUGAAUCGAGCUCUUUCCGGCUUCUGGACAGACUCUUCUACUGCUUCACCAGACCCAUCAUUUUUAGAUGGGCUACAACACAAGAUAAAAGCAUUGAGGAGCAGCUUUCGAUGGGGAUCCGGUAUUUUGACCUCCGCAUUGCACACAAACCCAAUGACUCAUCCAGCAACCUGUACUUCACACAUGUUAUAUACUCACAUGUAACAGUUUUGGAAACACUUAUGUCUGUUGCCACGUGGCUGGAGUCUCACCCAAAGGAGGUUGUUAUCCUUGACUGCAGCCAUUUUGAGGGAAUGGACAACGAAUGCCAUGAAUCAUUCAUUUUCUCCCUGAAGAUAGUGUUCGGCUUAAAACUCUGUCCCCGGGGGGUAUCAGUCCUGACCUUGCGGAGUCUGUGGGCAUCUGGUUACCAGGUCAUCCUGUCCUACGACUCCCAGACUGCAGCAGCACAUCAGGAGCUCUGGCCUAACAUCCCCUACUUGUGGGCCAACCAGCGCACAGCACAAGGAGUGAUCAGCUACCUGGACUGGAACAAAGAUAUGGGCCGUCCAGAGGGCUUCUUCAUCUCUGGCCUGAACCUGACAGCGGACAGGUGUUACAUCACCAAGAAUCCAAAGCAGUCCCUCCGGACGCUGACUUUCAGUAACUGGGAGUGUUUGAAGAAAUGGGUGGAGGAGCAGGUACCUGGGUCAGACCACAAGAGUAUAAACAUCAUCGCAGGAGACUUUGUGGGGCCACUUCCACUCUGCUCUCUGGUCAUUGCACUGAACCAAAAACUUGUCUGGAAGAACAGCAGUCAGAUAAAAAAACUGACUGCAUCCAAGUGGAACUGAAGCCAAAAUAGCUACUGUAUACCUCCUUUUCUCUCUUCUGUUUCUGUCACUAUAUAUACUGUUUUCUACAAUAAGAGUUUUAAGUUAAUGAAAAAGUUUCUCUCUCUUCCAUGUUACAAGUGCUAUGGAUGAGAAAAAAUAUACGAUGGGGAUA